GUGGUAUUCGUGCAGCCUUCCCUCUCCACUGGCUGCGCACGCGGCUGCGGAGUCUGUCAUAAAGCGGGACACCAAGCGUUCUCGAACGCUCCACUGAAAUGACAGCUUUUUUCCUUAGUUACUAUUUCCGUUUUUGAUUCAUUUCAGCUGAGGCAAAUUCUGUGGACAGCCAACGAUGAAGAACGUACUUAAUGGCAUAAAACGGCAGAGAAAGCGUUACAAGUACGCUAGCACAAACGAAACAAACCAGCAGUUGCAAUUGAAACUGUUCAAAUGAACUGCGGAGCUGCAUAAAAUAAUACCAAGGAGUCAUGUACGUCAAGAUCGUGCAGACUUUUCGUGACAGAAGGUAGAAUAAUGCAGCAUUCGCUCUUCCUUGUGAGGCUGAGAAUAAGACAUUCGUCACAAUAUGUGUCUAAUGGAGUGGAGUUCAUAGUGCUGUGACAAGAAUUGUGGUAACCAUCCCAUCCGAUGGAUAGUGCUGCGAGGACUGGGAGAGCCACCAGUUUCGACCCGCUGCCACCUGGUGACUGCAAAUGAUGGAGAAGGCGGGAGGCGCCUCCUCUGAGACUGUGCUCAACACCAGUCUGGAGACGUGCAUCCGCAGGUACCAGGACUUCGUGUCGCCCAGUGGCGGCCUGUACUGCAACUGGACGUGGGACCAGGUGCUGUGCUGGCCCCCCACCAGGGCGGGGACCACGGCGAAGCAGCGCUGCCCCAGCUUCAACGGGCUCGACCAGACCAAGUUCGCCGUGCGGCGGUGCUCGCUGGAAGGGCGGUGGGAGGGCCGCGACCCUUCGUCCCCUCAGGGCUGGACCAACUACACGCCCUGCUACCUGCCGGAGACACUGCAGCUCAUGCGGAGGCUCUACGCCGGCUCUGAGGCCGCCGCCAAGGUGAAGCUGGAAAUCGCGGAGCGCACGCGCGCCCUCGAGAUCGUCGGCUUCAGCGUCUCGCUGGCGGCCCUCCUAGUGGCUCUCGCCAUCUUCUGCAGGUUCAGGAGCCUGCGCAACAACCGGACGCGCAUCCACCGGAACCUGUUCGUGGCGAUGGUGGUGCAGGUGGUGAUCCGGCUGACGCUGUACGCCGACCAGGCGGUGGUGCGCGGCGGCGGAGGAGGCGGCGUCCAGGAGCAGGCGGCGGCGGCGGCGGGGGCGGCGCCCCCUGGGGGUGGCGGCGGCACCGGGGGCGGCGUCGCGACGCUGCCAGCCGCCGCGGCGCUCACGGCCGAGCACCGCCAGGGCAUCGACAAUACGCCUGUGUUAUGCGAGGCGUCGUAUGUGCUGCUGGAAUACGCCCGCACGUCCAUGUUCAUGUGGAUGUUCGUCGAGGGGCUCUACCUCCACAACGCUGUCACAGUGACGGUCUUCCAGGAGAGCUCGUUUCUGCUGGUGUACUCGCUGCUGGGCUGGGGGGUGCCCGUGCUGAUGACCGCCGCCUGGGCCGCCACCACCGCGGUCAUGUUCGGAGGCUCCAACAGAUGUUGGUGGGGAUACAACUUAACACCGUACUUCUGGAUACUAGAGGGUCCACGAUUGGGAGUUAUUCUGCUCAACUUCCUCUUUCUGCUGAACAUCAUCCGUGUGCUGGUAGUCAAGUUGAGACAAAGUCACACGAGUGAAAUAGAGCAGGUCAGGAAGGCGGUGCGGGCGGCGGUGGUGCUGCUGCCGCUGCUGGGGAUCACCAACCUGGUCAACAUGGCGGACGCCCCGCUGGACAGGGCCGCCUGGGAGUUUGCGCUCUGGUCCUACGCCACGCACUUCCUCGUCUCCUUCCAGGGAUUCUUCAUAGCCUGCCUCUACUGCUUCAUCAAUGGGGAGGUGCGGGCCGCCAUCGUGAAGAGCGUGUCGGUGUACCUGCUGCUGCGGCGCCACCACCAGGCGUCGGCGGGGCGCCGCAUGUCCGUCUUCUCCGGCGUCUACGUGGCGGCCAGCGCGCGCCAGCCGCCCCCCGUCGCCUGCACCGCCCUGGUCGGCGCCGCUGGUGCCGGCGGCGGCGUCGCCACGCCCACCUCCAAGAAGCGCAAAAGGUCCAUAUCCCGCUGGUCCGUGAAGAGAAAAUGUCGCACUGACGAGAAAGGAGACGGCGACGACUGUGAGGACGAGAUGGAGAAAGAGCAGGUGGCGGUGGGGUCUGUGGCGGGGCCGGGGGUGGAACCACGGCGCGUCAGCAGCAUCACGACGAGGCCCUCCACCGGUACGUGCCGCCCGCCUGUCAACACGUACACCACGUAG